CUUCUACAAAAACACCCCUGAGUCUUCGCCUAAGAUGGCGGAUUACAACGAAUAGAUAACUGGCCAGUUAUAAUUCCGAAAUAAAUAGCACUAGCACGAAUAAACUGUUCGCUGGGCAACUUAUUUCCGGAGAAAUGGCAUUUUUUAGAUGAUAUUUUCUACGAAUCGUUUAUAGAUUCGCACCGUUUACAGAACUAGCGUGAAAAUGAGGGUACAACAAGGGAUUUGGCCGCCGUAAACACGCUUCCGAUCGAGUGCUACAAUUUUCGUUAAUUUGACUACGGCGGCAAGCACUCCCCCUUAGUAAAUUGUAAAUAAUUAUAAAUUAAGCACCAGGCAACGAAGCGCCAGCACGAAAGGAUGCUUUACUUGGAAGAUUAUGUCGAAAGUACGUAAAAACGAGGCAUGCUUUGCUUACCCAGCUUUUCAAGAAAGCUACUAACCUUUCCGAAUAUACUCUCUUGCGAAAACAUCGAAAACUUCUUAUGAUGCGAGUAUAUUUACAAAUAUUCUGCUAUCACGUAUAAUCACUGAAACAUUGCCGUUCUUUUUAUCGUAAAAUUAAACAUUGUAUAGUAUGAGCAAUUUCUUAUUGUAGUUCUAUGUAAGUUUUAGGUUAGUCGCAUAUUUUUUGAAUAGUACAUAACUACUUCUGCUCUUACUGAUACAUUUUGGAGUUAAACAUACCUUGCAAUACAUUUGACAAGUAGUAUACAAACGUUGUCAUGAUUCUGUCACCUACACGAAUUGAUCGAGCACCUACCACAAGAAUUAAGAGACCGAUUUACAGAAAUGAGAGAAAUGGACUUAGGUGUACAAAAUUCAAUGGACAGUUUAGAAAAAAAAGUAAAGACUUUCUUUUCGAAUGCAAAGAAAAUGAAACCUAGCGAAAAAGAAGCAGAAUACGAAGCCAUUAGAAGAGAGUAUUAUAAGACUUUGGAGGAUGCAGAUGAGAAGGUGCACUUAGCUAAUCAGAUGUACGACUUAGUAGAUAGAUACUUGAGGAGAUUAGAUCAGGAAUUGCACAAAUUUAAAAUGGAGUUAGAAGCAGAUAAUAAAGGUAUUACGGAAAUAUUGGAAAAGAGGUCAUUGGAAUUAGAUCAACCCCCCACGAAUAGUAGUCAAAAAGAAAAUCGGUAUAGUUUCACAUCAACCACUAGAUCACGGGACAAUCAUAGUCAUUCUCGGGCAGAGAAAAGAAGAGAUUCAAAUGCAUCCUCGACUUCGAUAGAAAAACGUUUAGCUAUAGAAAAAAUUUCACCAAGUGUUCCUGAAUCGCGACCAGCUUCCGCAAAUUCAGGACCAAUUAUUGCUGCUACAAGUGUGCCAUCCACCCCUACGGCAAUUGCAAAUUCUGUCGGCUCUGUAAGUUAUAAUCUUGGUCAUAUAGGAGCCGGUGGAAAUGCCAUAGCAGCUGCAGCAUCCCAAGCAAUUGCUGCGACGCAGCAAAUGCAACAAGGUCGACGUACUGCCAGUUUAAAAGCUAGUUACGAAGCUAUCAAUACUGGUGGUGUGCACGCGGCCGAAUUCAGUAGAGAAUUAGCUGGAGCUGCUCAAACCGCUAUUGCAGCUAUACAAGAAACUAAAAAACAUAAAAAGAAAGUAACGAAUGCGGUUCCAAGUUCGAGUGUAGUUGCUGCAUCUGUUCAGCAACCAGUAUCGCCACCAGUUAUAACUUCAAAUACACAAGUAGUGGAUUCAGAUAAUCCAGAUUGGACGUAUGAUCCAAAUGAACCAAGAUAUUGUAUAUGUAACCAAGUAUCUUAUGGAGAUAUGGUUGCAUGCGACAAUUCAGAUUGUCCAUUUGAAUGGUUUCAUUAUCCAUGCGUACGUAUCACUGCACCGCCAAAAGGCAAGUGGUACUGUCCUCAAUGUACAUCUUCUAUGAAGAGACGCGGAGGUCGAAAAAACUGAUUAUAUUAUAAUCAGUGCAAAUAUAAUGAAGGAAAAUUGCUACUACCUCUUAGGCACUAUCCGUCAAGUACCAACUUAGUUAGGAAGCUGUUAAUUCUGAUUUUAUAUGACUUUUUAAAUGUGUUUAAAGUUUAAGUCGUAAUCUUAUCUGGUCUUGGUCUUGUCUCAUAAUAUUUGAAUUUCUGUUUCUAAAGCAGAAGAGAGCAGUUCUUUUUUUUACUGCGUUUUGUAGAUAAAAACGAAAUGAGAAAAGAUGAAAAAUGGUGCAAAAACAGAGCUUUGAACAAAUUCCGUUUUAACGUGUUUCGCGUACAAGUACUGUAAAUAUUUUUAUAUUUUUUGCACCAUUCUGUACUACGACCACGUUAGAUAGUUUCUAUGAAUUACAUUGGAAUGUAAUCUUUUCCUCUGGAUACGAUACACUCAAUUGACUGAUACCGUGGACUGUGAAUAAUUCCACCGUGAAUUUUCAAAAUCUUAUGUUUAUCAUUUACGCGAUGUUAAACGACUCUUGAACAAUCUUCAUGUAUAUUACGUACUCCUGUUAGUUCAGACAUGCUUAGUGUCUCAAUGGAUUGACGACAGUGCGAGCAAUAACAUUUUAAGUGUUCUACGCUUUCAAAAAUGAAAAAGUAACGAGGAAAAAAGUUGCAAACAAAUCGUGAAAAUACUACUUUCGAAACGGAAUAAUGUAGCGUCUUGGUGUAUAAAUAAAGUGAUCGAUGCAGAUUU